ACAAAUGGUUCCGGAACCAUUUGUAGCCUAUUCUCAUCCAUAAUCACACUUGCCCACCCAUGAACAAUAAUGUAGAACCCAUAUACACCCAAUUCAACUCUGUUGCCCAUUCGAAUUGACAGUUGUGCAAAUUUCAGCCCUGCGGAAGCUUGUGUCCUUUUCCGGAACUCCCUACUGCCUCGCAGCCGUGAAUUCUGAGAUUCUGGUCAAGUUAUGCUUCCAAGAGGGCUGCACGGAGCGAUUUUCCAAAGCGUGAGUGAAAAGAAUGCAGUCAGCUGAGGUCACACUUCCAGAUUCCGAGAGGGCUUUCAGGAUGCGAGUGAGAGUGUGUGAAGGUCUUGCUCGAGUAAAACAUAUUUUUCUAUGCGAUCCAGCUUUUAUGUCGAUUUCUGACCCAUGGAUUUAUAAAUCACGGGAUCGCUGAGACUGAGCAUACGUGCGAGAAUUGAGAACCCGAGCAGCAGGGGUGGUGCAGAGAUUAUGCAUACGCAAGACGAGGACGUUGCCACUGCACAUGUUGCCAAACGAGCUCUCGCCGUCGUUAAUGACGACAAACACGUUGAGGCUUACUACAUGGGAUGGCAUGAAGCGCAAUCGAAUCCCUACGAUGCAGUGCAAAAUCCUGGAGGAUGCAUCCAACUCGGCUUGUCAGAGAACACGUUGUCUCUUGAUCUGCUCGACGAUUGGUUUUCCACUCACAGUACGGCUCCAGCUCUGGAGCUAGAAAACGUCCUCAACUUCAAGGCUAUUGCGGGCUACCCGGAUGUUUACCAUGGUCUGCUUAUUUUUCGAAAUCUAAUGGCAAACUUCAUGAAUGAGCUCUAUGGUGGAGCAGUAUCUUUUGAUCCCGAAAAAAUGGUCAUAACUACGGGUGCAACUUCAGCUAUUGAGAUCCUGGCGUUCUGCCUGGCUGACCCCGGCGAUGUCUUUCUAGUUCCAGCACCUUACUAUCCAGGAUUCGAAAGGGAUAUCAGGUUUCGCAGCCAGGUGGACCUUGUGCCUGUUCCAAGCUUCAGUUCAGACGGGUUUGCCGUGACAAGGGCAGCUCUAGAGCAGGCAUUCGAGGAUGCUGUCAGCCGUGGACGCAAGGUGAAGGCUGUUCUGAUGACGUCACCGUCAAAUCCCCUCGGUAUGACAUACAGUCGAGACCAGCUAUCUGUGAUUCUCGACUUCAUCGGCCAGAAAGACAUGCAUCUCAUUUGCGAUGAGAUAUACGCAGGUUCAGUUUUCGGCACCACUGAGUUUAUCAGCAUUGCUGAGCUUGUAAUGCCACCUCGUGUCGACCCUAACCGGGUUCACAUCAUAUACGGCCUGUCAAAAGUUCUAGGCAUCCCUGGAUUUCGUGUUGGACUCCUGUAUUCCUGGAACAGUCUUGUCCUGGAUGCAGCAAAGAAGCUCACUCGCUUCAGCUCUGUGCCAACCCUCACUCAGCAGAUUCUAAUUUCUCUCUUGUCCGAUACACACUUUCUUCGACUGUUUCUAUCUGAGAAUCUCAAAAGACUACAACAGAGAUGGAGACUCGUAAGCCAUGGAUUGCAAGAAGCCGGGUUAGAGUUUGUGAAUUGCACGGCUGGGUUCUUUUGCUGGGUCAACAUCGGCAAGGUUGCAUCCGUGCAGACCAAAGAGCAAGAACUAGAACUGUGGAGUAAGUUGCUUCACGUGGAAGGUUUAAACGUCACUCCUGGAUCAGCCUGUCAGUGCUCAGAGCCUGGUUGGUUCAGGCUCUGCUUUGCUUACGUUGACGAUCAAACUAUGAGUGUUGCACUCGAUCGUAUCAAGAGAUUCACAGCUUCUCUCUAGCAAAAUACUCUGGAUCAUGGUAUUGAUGAAUGUAGUCUCAAGACGGAGUACCUUUUCAGCACUGCCAAGAUCUAGGACACUCGUCAAGUCAAUCAGUCGCGAUUAUGUGGACGAGAUGCGAGAGAAUGAGAUAUGCUUUCGGAAGCCGGAGUAACAGCUUGGGCUUUGAAUUUGAGUCCUGAGGUAUCACUAGACACGAAGGGUUGAGUGUCUCACUCGAUCGCCCUCGGAUGUAGGCUUGUUUACAUGCGAUGUGGAGUUUCUCAGUGCCACCGUGAAUGGUCGGACUUAUGGAUUACCCAGAACAGUUUAAUUUUAUCCCUGUCC